AUGCAGACGCUUGCAUCGACCGCCAACGCGCUCCUCAAGGUUGGCGUCGACCAGCUGGAGAAAGCAGCGCGGUCCACGCUCAAGGCCAUCUUGUCUAGCGCCUUGGACGACAUCUUCGAUUGCACCACCACGUACGUCGGCAGCGUCCUCGUCGCAUGGACCGUCGGCGCCCUCAUCAUCUUCUUUGCCUCGCGCUUGCCAGACGUCGAGCACGUCGAGACGCUCGAUGAGCUGCUUUUGUGUCUGCUCAUCGGCUUUUCCAAGCGGAUCAUGCAACCCGUGGACAGGCUUCUUCUUCUCCGGUCGCCAACGACGACAACGCUCCGCUACAACGAUCGCCACCUUCACCCAGCCAUGUCAGCAGUGCAUACCGCUCCUUCCAGCCCGUUCUAA